AUGGCCGCAAUGACGGACGCACACUCGACCGAGGACGAGGCUCUCCUCACCUUGGAGGAGACGCCGCUGCUGUCCGGGGACGCUACUCCCGCGGCCAUAGACGAUGAGGACCCACGGAGCAAGUACAAGUGGCGUGUCAUCGUCGGGGCCUUCUCCGUCCUCUUCAUGAUAGAGCUGGCAGUUGGCAUCUCCACGCCGGCGUGGAACGCACUCCUGGAGAAGGGCCUCUGUGCCGAGGCCUACCCGGAGAUCGCCCGGUUCCUGGCCGCCGGCGACGAGAACCCGCUGUGCAAAGACCCCGCCGUCCAGGGGAAACUUGCCCUCUACCGCGGGUGGGAGUAUGCCCUCGAAUGCCUCCCAACCAUCCUGUUUGCCCUCCCCUACGGAUCGCUCUCGGACCGGUGGGGGCGGAAGCCUAUCGCGAUACUGGCGCUAAUCGGGAUAGCACUGGGGAUGGUUUGGUACCAGGUUGUCUUCUACUUCCCUCUGCCGAUGUGGACAUUCACCCUGAGCUUUGCCUUCAACUUCAUCGGAGGCGGAGCCCCUGUCGGGAUGAGCAUGAUAUAUACGAUGCUGGCGGACGUGCUACACGUAGAAGAGAUGACUCCAGUUCUGUUCAGGUUCUACUCUGUUUUCCUUGUGGCCGAGUUGGUCGCGAACCCCCUGGGCGGCUUCCUGGUGAACAAGAGCCCAUGGCUCUCACUUUUCAUUGGCGAUGCGUUCAUGGUCCUGGUCCUCGCAUCAGUUUAUAUACUGCCCGAGACACUUUCUGUGCGCCAGUGGCAUGACAAGAGGGCCGGAAAGGUGCCCAGCCCACGGCUCGCGCCGUUGGACGGCGAUGAUAACGAUGAUGAAGUACUCAAGAAAAGCAACAUGCGCGCCGCGCUGGAUGACGCCGGGGCGCAGCUGGUGGAGGUCUGGGAUUUCCUCAUCGGCAACAGGCGCAUCGUGGUGCUUAUGCUGCCGCUCAUCUUCGUCACGCUCGGGAAGUACAUACAGGAGAUGCUGCUGCAAUAUGCCACAAAGCGGUUCGGCUGGUCGUGGAGCAAGGCCGCCUACUUCCUCACCCUCAAGUCGGCCAGCUUUAUCGUCAUGCUGAUAGUCCUCCUUCCCGCCGUGUCGUCCUUCUGCCUCAGACAGCUCAACAUGUCGCCGCUGUCCAAGGACCUGUGGCUCUCGCGCUGGUCAGGUAUCGUCCUCAUCCUGGCCAACCUAGCUAUCGCCUUCUCGUCCAGCCCGGCCCUCUUCGGCGUCGGCCUCGUGCUCCUGUCAGGCGGAUCCGGGCUUGUGCCGCUGCUGCGGUCGCUCCUCAACGCGCAGGUCGAGCCGCACCACGUUGGUAUUCUCAACACCUUGUUGGGCUUCCUCGACACUCUGGGAGUCAUGGUCGGCGCGCCGAUUUUCACCGAGUCGCUCCACAAGGGCAUCGAGCUCGGCGGGCCCUGGAUCGGGCUGCCUUUCCUGGCCGGCGCGGUCAUCUCGUGCUUUGCAGCCGGGAUCCUAUGGGUAUACCGGAUCCCGCCACAGGUCGAGAGGAGUGUUAUCGAGGAGGAUCACGUGUGA